GGUUGUGUGCGAGGUGGCGAUUUUCCUUACCUAAAAUAGAAAUAUUUCGCAAAAUAAAUUUUUCGUAACAAUUUUUUUAAAACUUGUUUGAGACUUUUAUUUUUUUUAAAGUGAUAGUAAUUGUAGUGAACCUAGAGUUCGUUUUUGUUUGACUCGUGUUUUUAGUGUUUAUGUGUAGUGUUUGAGUGAGCGUGCUAUGCUGAAGCAUAUGCUUUGAUGAAAUCCAAACGAAUGCGGGGGCUCCAGAUCCCAUAAUAGAAAAUGGAGAGGAGAGACGAACUUCAUCGUCAUGGCUGCAGUAUCGCCAAACAAACCAUACUGACCACCCACCCCAGUGGUCUCCAGACCAGGGUUUCAGUAGAACUGGCUAACUUCGACGCUCCAUGCCUCCAUUCGGAAUGUAAAAGCAACAAAAGACAGGGCUGGGAGGGAAGUCCAUUUUUGAACAGACGAGGAAUCUUAGGUGGAGUUUCCACUCAUACCACUCCGGUUCUCGGGAGACGUAGUGACGCUGUGAACGAGGGUAGACUAUCACAACAAUGUACUCCAGUAAUGAGGAGAAGGGAAGUGGACAGUCCCGGUGGGUCUCCGAUACCUUCGCGGAAGUUUGAAGAUGAAGAAUUUUGUGAUGUGGACAAUAGUGUGAUUAGCGGAUGGCUGAAGUUUCGGGACAACAAACGGGGACUCGGUGGAGCGGAGUGUAAAGUGUGGCUGAAGAGCGCCGGAACUGGGCUAAGGACUUGCCAUAAGGAACGUAGGGAUGCGGCCAAGGACUUUUUGUCGACGUCCAUGAUUAGGCAAAGAAUACAAAAAGUCAAAUUCGGUGAACAAAUAAAGACAUACUGUAAAAUCAAAGAAAUUCCAAAGUGUUUGGUACUAGAUGAAAAAUUUUUCACGUACGAGGACCCGAUACAGCCGCUGAAUGACAUAUCGGAACGCAUCUCCAACGACAGUGAUAAAGAACUCCAAUACGCGACGAGAGAACAAAUUUAG